AUGACGGAACCUGUGGAUACUCCACCUAUCCGAGCAGUCUUAGCCGAGAAGGCAUGGUUUGGAUUCGACCUUGAUGACACUCUGCAUGAAUUCCGACGCGCAUCUGCGGCUGCAACCGCAAAGACACUUGAGGCAAUAUCUCAGCAGUAUGGACAACCUGCGAAUGCCUUGCAGGAAGAGUACUCAAACAUUCUCCGCGACAAAACGUUAAACGCCUUCUCCGACGGCAAGACCUCAUUUGAGUACAGACGAGAGCGUUUCACAAUCUUGUUAGAGCGCUUCUCCCUCGCCCAAGACGUUGACUUUAUCGAUCGGCUCCUUGGCAUAUACGAAGAUACUUUGACACAUUCAUUGCAACUCAAAGACGGGGCUUUGUGCCUUUUUGCAACUUUGAGAAAGAAGGGCAAGAAGGUGGCCGUCAUCACUGAGGGGCCACAAGAUGCACAAGAAAGGACGGUGAAACAGCUUGGCUUAGCGGGACAUGUCGACUUCCUAGCUACCACCAACUUCUUCCGAGUUUCCAAGACUGAGGGUCUGUUCCCAAGAAUUUUGGAGCACCUAGGCAUCCAACCUUCGGACAUGGUUUACAUCGGAGAUAACCCAGUCCGAGAUACCGUGCCAGCGAGGGAAGCGGGUAUCUUUGCUAUUCAUUACAACGAGCAGGCAGAAACCUCUUUGGAGGGGUCGUCGCCACAGGUGAAAUCGUUGGCAGAGGUCGAGGGCCUUCUGUGA